AACACAACCACAUCCAAAAACAGUGGAAACUAUUCGAGACAUGAUAAAAAUGCUAUAUAAGUUUCCAAUCCAUUGCCAUGUAAAUUUGGCAACAACCAAACCCAUUAUAUUUAUAUUGUGCUUAACUGCUAUUACCAACCCCUGACAUCUCCUCUUCAUCUCAAAGACUCUGUAGCUUUGCUCCUUUUGUUAACCCAAACAAUACAAAAAACACAGGUCUAUUUCUCAUUAACAUGGAAGGUAUUGUUGUGAGAAGGGUCAUUCCCUCGGACAAUAGUUGCCUCUUUAAUGCUGUUGGGUUUGUCAUGGAUCAUGACAAACACAAAGCCUCUGAGUUGAGACAGGUUAUAGCUGCAACAGUGGCAAGUGAUCCAACAAAAUACUCUGAAGCAUUUCUUGGAAAGUCCAAUGAAGAGUAUUGUACUUGGAUUCUUGACUCAGAGAAGUGGGGAGGUGCCAUUGAGCUUUCAAUAUUAGCUGAUUAUUAUGGACGUGAAAUCGCAGCAUAUGAUAUUCAGACCACACGAUGUGAUUUGUAUGGUCAGGAAAAGAAGUAUUCUGAAAGAGUUAUGCUGAUUUAUGAUGGGCUCCAUUAUGAUGCUUUAGCCAUGUCACCCUUUGAGGGAGCUCCAGAGGAGUUUGAUCAGACUAUUUUUGCUGUACAGGACGGGACCAUUGGUCCAGUUGAGGGGCUUGCUCUUAAUUUUGCUAAGGAGCAACAAAGGAAGAGGAGAUUUACUGACACUGCCAACUUCACUUUGCGUUGUGGAGUAUGCCAAAUUGGAGUAAUCGGCCAGAAGGAGGCUGUGGAACAUGCCCAAGCUACAGGCCAUGUCAACUUUCAAGAAUACAGAUGACAGUAACUAUGGAAAACAAAGCCACCAUGUUGUCCCAUUUGAUCACAGUGAGCUUCUUUAGGACUUGCCCAUUGCAUUGUCUGUAAGGUUUGGCGAAGUUAUAAUUGAAAAAUUAAUAACUGAUAAUAUGUUCUUUGGGAACUAUUGUUGCUGAAUAAUAUGUUGUACCAAAUGAGAAGAUUACUUUAUAUUUUUUCUUAGGAAAAUGUAAUAAGAUUGUAUUGUAUUUUAAUCACCCUGUUGUAUAUUAUUGGUUCCUGUGCA